AUGAACGCUGAGAAUUUGAAAGGUAAAGAUGAAAUUAUAUUUGAGGAGAAGGAAAAGAAUGUAAGGAAUAAUAUGAAGGAUCACGAUAAUAACAAUUUAUAUAGUGAAGAUAUUAUACUGAACGAAAAAAAGGAUAAGAAUCAUAAUGAUGAUUAUGAUGGAAACUAUGUUGGGAUGAAAAGAGAUAAAGAAAAUUUUGUAAGUUUUAAAGAUGAUAAAAAUAAUUUAAUAAGUGUAAAACCAUCGACAUUAAAAAAUAGUUUGAUAUUUCAAGAUAAAAAGAAUAAUUUAAAAAAGAAAGUUACCAUUAAAGGUGAUUAUAUACGUAAAAAGAAUGAUGAAAUAUAUCUUGAUAAGAAUAAUUUGUUUAAUGAAAUAAAUUUAUUGAUUAAAAAGAAGUUAAAAAUUAAUGAUGUUAUAAAACUCGAUUUAUUUCAUAAAGAUAAUUCUAUACAAAUAAAACCAUAUGUUAUAUUUGAUGAUUAUAAAAAUGUAAAUAUAGAGAAUAAAAUAAGUAUAGAAAUAAUAAAUUUUUUAAAAAACUGUUUAGAAAAUAAUAAAAAAUAUAUUAACAUUCAUAGUAGUGUUGUUGAAUUAAGAGGUACAUUUAAUGAUGAACUAAUUAAUCUACCUAUACUUAAUGAAACUAUAUUACAAAAGAUUAGUAAUAAUAAUUAUAAAUAUAAAUUUAAUAUAGAUAAUGAGGUGCUUAAUUAUAUAUAUGUUGAUUUAUUUAAUAUACAUAAGAGCAAAUAUAAAUUUAAAAUAUUAGAAAAAAUUUUUGAAAUCGAAGAAUUAUAUUAUUAUGAUGUCAAACAAGAGAAAGAAAAAAAAAAUAAAAUAAAUAUGAACAAAUCAGAAGAUUAUAAAAAUGAUGAACAAGGAAAAGAAUUUCUAAAUUCGUCUAUUAAUGAAAAUAAUAAUGAAAACAGUAAAAAUGAUGACAGCUCUUCUAGUGUAUGUGCGGAUAGUGAUGUGUUAAUAAAUUUAUAUAAAGAAGUUAAAAAGGAAGAGGAUAAGGAAAGAAAAAAAAAGGAUGAUGAAAUUAUGAAUGAACAUGUACAUGAGAAAUUAAUAAAAAAGAAAAAAAAAAAAAAAAAAAUCGAUAAAGAUAAAUUAUAUAUUGAAAAAUUAAAAAAGUUAGUAGAAGAAGGUAGUGCAGAUGAAUCCUAUAAUUCAUCUAAUGAUAAGAGUAGUGAAGAUUACGAUGAUAGAGGCAAUGAUAAAAAUCAAAUAUUAUAUAAAAGGAAAAUUAUAUAUUCCAAAUGGAAAGCUCCAGUACAAAUAAAAAAAAAGGAAAAAAAAAAAAUAUUAAAGAAAAAAAAUAAAAAUGAAAUUGAUAAGAAGGAGGAUGAUCAUUAUGACCAGGAAUAUAACAAUAAUAAUGAUAACAAUAAUGAUGAUAAUAGUUUGACAAAUAUAAAAAUAUUUAAAGAAGUAGAAAAUGAUAUUGUGUGUGUUUAUUAUCCUAAUAGCUCAUACAACCAAUGCUUAUGUUUAUCUUCUUAUGAAUAUAUAACAAAUGGACAAGAACAUAUUUUACCAAAUAAUCAUGAUAUUUAUGGCCAUAAUAAUAAAAAUGAUACAUAUAUGAACAAUGCAAGUUUUUGUGUAAAUACUCUUAACGAAGAAAAUAUUAAGAUAAAGAAAAGAUAUGUAAAAGAUAUAUCCAUAUAUAACUUUUGUUGUGAUGACAAGUAUAAGGGAUGUAAUUUAUAUCUUCAUAUUGCUAAAACGAAAAAACUGAAAAAUUGUAAAAUGAAUUAUAAUAUUCCGUAUGAGCACUUUUUAGAAAAUUAUGAUAUAAUAAAAAUGUACGAAAUUAAAAAGGACAAAGGGAAUGAUGAUAAAAGGAAUGAUAAUGUGAAGAAUGAUGAUGAAAUGAAUAACCAUGUGACGAAUGAUGAUGAAAUGAAUAACCAUGUGACGAAUGAUGAUGAAAUGAAUAAUCAUGUGAAGAAUGAUGAUGAAAUGAAUAAUCAUGUGAAGAAUGAUGAUGAAAUGAAUAACCAUGUGACGAAUGAUGAUGAAAUGAAUAAUCAUGUGAAGAAUGAUGAUGAAAUGAAUAAUCAUGUGAAGAAUGAUGAUGAAAUGAAUAAUCAUGUGAAGAAUGAUGAUGAAAUGAAUAAUCAUGUAACGAAUGAUGAUGAAAUGAAUAAUCAUGCGAAGAAUGAUGAUGAACAAAUUAACUGUCGAGAAAAAAUGAAUAGUGAUAACCAAAUAAAUAAGGGAGAGAAGAAAAGAAACCUCAUAGGGAAACUGUUUGAAAUAGAAAAAGACUGGAAAAUAAAUAUCGAUAUGCAUAUAGAUAUAGAGAAAUUAAUAAAGGAAUAUAAAAAGUGUAAUAAUAGAAACGAGGAAAUACACAUUAGUGAUAAUAAUCUUACGGAUGAUAAAAAUGAACAAAAAUAUAAGUCUAAUAAAUUACAUUAUAUGAUAUAUAACUUUUAUAAAAAUUUCGAUUGUUUAAUGAAUUUAAUAAAUAGAUUAAAAAACAAUUCGAUUAAAUAUGAAUAUUAUUUCCCUAAAAUGAUUGGUGAUGUUAAUGAAGAGAUACGAAAACAUUAUGAUAAGAAAAAAGUUAUAUUAUUAAAAAAGAGUAAUAUUAAAUAUAUUAGGGUAUUUAAUAAUGAAGUCAAAAGGAUUAUGAUUCUAUUUUUUGUAUCUUAUAAUUCGAAGAUCUUAGAUUUAGCUUGUGGACAUGGACAAGAUAUGUUAAAAUAUAAUAGUGUACAAAAUAAAGUGUAUGUAGGUAUUGAUUUAUCAAAAAAGGAAAUCGAAUUAGCAAAAGAAAGAUUAAAUCAAAAUGAUAUGAAAGGCUUAUGUAAUAAUGACAAUUUUAUUUUUUUACAAGGUGAUAUUUUAAAUAAUAAAUUUUAUAGGAAAUGGAAAAGUAAAAAUAUAAUGUUCGAUAUUAUUUCUAUUAAUUUGGCUUUACAUUAUGUUAUAUAUAAUGAAAAGUCGUCAAAAAAGUUUUUCAAAAUUAUUGAAAAUUUUUUAGAAAAUGAUGGAUUGCUUUUAGCAACCACUAUAUCUACUGUAACGUUGACUGACUUUCUAAUGAAGCGAUCGAAUAUUGAAAUGAAUGGAGAUAAUAUUACGAUUACCCUUGAGAACGACCUGUUCACUAUAAAAUUUGACCAAGAGAACUUGUUGAAAAUAUUUAAAAACAAAAUAUGUCUUGAGGAAUUUAUAGAAUUUAUUAAUAAUAAUUCAGGUUCUCAAAUAAAAUAUGAUUACUUCAGUAAUUUGAUAAGAUAUUCUCUUGAUAAUGUAGUUGGUAUAAAAUAUUAUUUUUAUUUAUAUGAUACAAUUGAUGCUCACGAAUUUGUUAUUCCUCAGACAUAUUUAAAAAAAAAGUUAGAAGAAUUGGAUAUGGUUGAAUUAUUUAAUAAUACCGCUAUAAUGUUUCUUCAUUAUAUAACAAAUAAUUUAGAAACGUAUGAAAAAUAUGAUAAUAUUAAAUAUUUCCAUUUAUUAAAUAAAACUAUUGAUCAUAAUAUUUUUAAAAACAUUAAAGAGAGAAUUAAUAAAAUACAUGGCUAUAGUAGGGACUCACAAAUAUAUUAUGAUAUAUGUUCUUUAUAUCAUGUAUAUGUAUAUAAAAAGAAUUUUGAUGCAACUAUAUUCGGAACUAUGUAA